AACGUCAUCUGAAAAUUAAUAUGGCCACAAACGGUUGUCAUUACGUGAUAACGAGAUAUAAAUGUUGAAAUAACAGUGAAAGUACGAAGAAAUCGCGAAAGAUAUUGUGAAUAUAAGAUUGUUAUUAUAAUAGGAGAGAAAAAAAAAAUUUGUUAAUUAGUAUACUACAAAAUAUGCAUUCCAACUUAUUAUUUCAAAAUGUAGAAAUAGAAUGUAUUCUAAUACGAUAGAGAUUAAUCGUAAAGUCUUUUAAAAAAUAAAUGUUAUCAGCUUAUGCGGCUGAAACAAACAUGACCCCCUAAAUGUAAAAUAGUAUAAACUAUUUUCAAGAUGAGUUGUUCUGUGGAAUUAAGACAACGCAGACAACAGGGGAUGACGGAGGAUCCUCAUAGACUUGCAGCAAUGAUGAAUAAAUCUCAAAGACUUGUUUUAGGACUUUUGGUUUUAUUAUUGGUUGAUAUCAUUUGGGUUUCAAGCUCUGAAUUGACGAAAUAUAUUUAUAGAGAAGCAGCUUUUGAAAAGCCAUUUUUUAGUACAUAUAUAAAAACAUCCAUGUUUACUCUUUAUUUACUUGGUUUAUGCUUUUGGCCCCCAUGGCGGGAUCAAUGUAAUAGGCCAGCGACUUAUAUGUUCAUAGACCCGAAUGUCGAAGAUGAUAAUUUCUACACAGAAGCUAAUACAAGUUUGAGUGAUCCAACAUUUGUGCCGAUAAAGACACCAGAUCAUUGUGAACGUUCUUCUGGUACAGAAAGCGACGAUUCUUCCAUUCGAUCUGUAAGAUUUAGCAAAUUAGCAGAAGUCAGACACAUGUCAGAAAGCGAUGCUACAGAAGCUUUACUAGCUAGACUAAGUUAUCAAGCAAGCAUCAGAGCUGGGGAGCAUGCUCGACGUCAAGCUAAUAAAUUUUCUGUUCAGAAAGUAGCUAAAAUUGCACUUAUGUUUUGUUUAUUUUGGUUCUUAGCAAAUUACACUUAUCAAAUAGCAUUAUCUGAAACAGAAGCUAGUGUUGUCACAAUACUAUCUUCUACAUCGAGUUUAUUCACUCUAUUCCUUGCUGCCUUUUUUCCAAGUAAUGGAGGAGAUAAGUUUACAUUAUCAAAACUAGUUGCUGUAUCUGUUAGCAUAUUUGGAUUAGUAUUAGUCGGUCUUUCAGAUUUAACAAUAGAAAGUAGUAGAAUACCAACAGGUAUAAUAUUGGCUCUAGUCAGCGCAUUUUUUUAUGCAGCAUAUAUUGUAUUUUUAAAAAGAAAAGUCGACCACGAAGAUAAAAUGAAUAUACCAAUGUUUUUUGGAUUUGUGGGACUUUUCAAUUUAACGCUUUUGUGGCCGCUAUUUUUUAUUCUUCAUUAUGGCCACUGGGAAGAAUUUGAAUGGCCUGAUACUCAUCAGUGGACAUUUUUGAUCAUCAAUGGAUUAAUUGGCACUGUAUUAAGUGAAGUUCUUUGGCUAUGGGGUUGUUUUCUGACAUCAUCAUUAAUAGCAACAUUGGCUAUUAGUUUAACAAUGCCAAUGUCAAUGAUAGCUGAUGUUCUAUUAAAAAAGGUCGAGUAUCCUUGCAUUUUUUACUUAGGAACCAUUCCAAUGCUGUUAGCAUUUUUGACUGUAUCUAUACUAUCCCAUUAUGAUAACUGGGAUCCUGUUAUGGAUUUAAUAAAGAGACUGUAUCUCUGGAUUUGUCGAAAGAACAGAUCUACAAGGAUACCAGAUCUUGAAGCAGAACAGACAGAAUCACUCAUAGGAAUAAAUAAUGGUGAGCACGAAGCUUGAUUCGACAAUAAAAGCAGUCGCAUAAUGCAAAUGUUUUCUGUAAAUCUCUACAAAGGUAAUCUAUAUUUUGUUUAUGUCUAAAGCCAUUUUAUAAACGAUAUAUGCUAAGUUCAAACAUUCUUUAUAUAUGUAUAUAUCAGUAUUCUAUGAAGCAAUUGUUAAACAUAAAAUAUCUUGAGAAAUUUAUGUUUAUCAUGAAAAAAUGAUAAUAGAAGAAAAAAAACGGCUUUAACACCAAUGAUAGAAUGAAGAUAUUAUAUAACUGGUCAAAGUAAUUAUAACAUAAGCAUUUUAUCUCUUUAGCUCGCAAAAAAAUAUUACAAUACUGCCAGACAAUAAUAAUAAUUUAUUUGAAAUGAAGCUUACAUGUUCUUUUUUUAAAAUAUUGUAUAUCUGUGAACUACCUCUGUGUAAGAAAGUAUUGGCAUGAAUCAACAAUUUCAUGUAGUAUAUAUAUAUAUAUAUAUCAUAUAUAUAUGUAUAUAUAUGAAUUAUGUUCCAUC